GAAGAACUGCGACGGGCAGAGAUGAUUCCAAUGACUGAUGUAGUGAACAGCCCCCAAUCUCACCAGCAGGAGGGGGAGAAGAGGGGACGCUGGGGUUCACAAGUUGAGUACCUGUUAUCGGUUGUCGGAUUCUCUGUUGGCUUUUCAAACGUGCUUCGAUUCCCUUAUAUCUGCAUUAGAAACGGCGGAGGUGCAUUUCUCAUCCCUUACAUCGCGUGUAUGACGUUAUGUGGCCUGCCUCUGUUCUAUCUUGAAGUUGCCAUUGGACAGUUUCGUGGCAAGGGUGCAGCCCAUGUGUGGAGUGUGUGUCCUUUAAUGAAAGGUCUUGGAAUCGGCAUGUUGAUUAUGUCCGGCGGUUCUGCCUUGUACUACACUGUAAACUGUGCCUGGUCUGUGUACUAUUUAGUCUUCGCCUGUAGUACCGCCCUGCCCUGGGCAAACUGUCACAAUCCCUGGAACACCGACAGCUGUGUCAAAAGUGUUGAAGCAUUGACACAACCAUACAAGGUCCUCAGCAUCAGCUCAGGUCUGGAUCAGCUGGGAAGCAUCAAGUGGGAACUGGCUCUGUGUCUCUUUGCUUCAUGGUUUCUCAUAUUUGCGACUUUAGUUAAGGGUGUCAGGUCCGUCGGAAAGGUUGUGUACGUGACAGCGACACUUCCAUAUGGUUUACUUUUCAUCCUUCUUGUCCGUGGACUGACUUUACCUGGUGGAACAGACGGUGCUCUGUUCUACAUUACCCCUAAUUUCAGCAAAUUAUCAAACAUACAGGUGUGGAUCGAAGCCUGUGUUCAAGUAUUCUUCUCUCUUGGCCCUGCAUGGGGAGGAGUUAUCACAUUGUCCAGCUUUAACAAAUUUAAUAGCAACUGUCUAAGGAAUGCAAUCAUCUGUACGUGCGUUGGUGCAGGAACAAGCUUGUUUGCCGGUGGAGUUGUUUUUUCCAUUCUUGGCUUCAUGGCUCAUAGCGCAGGUGUGCCCAUCACAGAUGUUGUGUCCUCAGGUAUGUCUUGCAGCUAUUGA